AAACCCAGCCGUUUUCCAUUUUGUAUCAUUUGUGUCAAAUACCCACAUUGGUAUUUAAAAAAAAAAACAUUAUUGGAGCAAAAAUUUGCUUGUCCUUCUCUAUCAAAAGCUCUUGCACUCUCUUUGUCUAACUAACAAUAGAAGGGAAAAGAGAAACCCAUUUCUUUCAUACCCGUGAAAGUCUGGAAAUCUUAAGAAAUCUCCCUUUCUCUUAACUACUUGUUCUUGUGACAUCACAACUGUUUAUUUUCCUUUGUUUUUUUUUUUUGCUCUUUAUUUCUGUUUUAUAUCUCUUUGGAAGGGGGUGGUGUGCAGCUGUGUCUUGGGUUAUUUCUUUGAGCUCGUAUUCUUUGCUAGAUUUGAGAGAUUUUGUUUAGUGUUGAAGGAGUAAUACUGGGAAGAGAAAAUGAAGAUUUGGAGAUGGGUAUUUGUUGAAAUUCUUAUUCUUGCCGCUUGUGCUUUCAAGAUUGAGGCUUUCAAUCUGGGUCGCAGUCAACCUACUGAGAGAAUUUCAGGUAGUGCUGGUGAUGUCUUGGAAGAUGAUCCAGUUGGAAGGUUGAAAGUUUUUGUUUAUGAGCUUCCUAGCAAAUACAACAAGAAGAUUUUGCAGAAGGAUCCAAGAUGCCUCAACCACAUGUUUGCAGCUGAGAUCUACAUGCAUAGGUUUCUAUUAUCUAGCCCUGUUCGAACCCUCAACCCUGAGGAGGCUGAUUGGUUUUACACUCCUGUAUACACUACAUGUGACCUGACACCAAAUGGCCUCCCUUUGCCAUUUAAGUCACCACGAAUGAUGAGAAGUGCAAUUCAGCUUAUUUCUUCGAAUUGGCCUUAUUGGAACCGGACAGAAGGGGCUGAUCACUUUUUUCUGGUACCACAUGACUUUGGAGCAUGCUUCCAUUAUCAAGAGGAGAAAGCCAUUGAAAGAGGAAUUCUCCCCUUGCUCCAACGUGCCACAUUGGUUCAGACUUUUGGACAGCGGAAUCAUGUUUGCCUGAAAGAGGGCUCAAUCACAAUUCCACCAUAUGCUCCACCCCAGAAAAUGCAAACACACCUGAUUCCUGAAAAAACUCCCAGGUCCAUUUUUGUUUACUUCCGUGGACUGUUUUAUGAUGUUGGAAAUGACCCUGAAGGUGGUUACUAUGCAAGAGGUGCUAGAGCAGCAGUAUGGGAGAACUUUAAGGACAAUCCACUCUUUGACAUUUCUACUGAGCAUCCAACGACCUAUUAUGAGGACAUGCAGCGAGCUGUAUUUUGUUUGUGUCCUCUUGGCUGGGCACCUUGGAGCCCUAGAUUGGUUGAAGCAGUCAUAUUUGGAUGCAUUCCAGUUAUUAUAGCAGAUGACAUCGUUCUACCCUUUGCUGAUGCAAUUCCGUGGGAAGAAAUUGGAGUUUUUGUCGAUGAGAAGGAUGUUCCCAACUUGGACACAAUACUCACAUCGAUCCCACCUGAAGUAAUAUUAAGAAAGCAGAGAUUGCUUGCCAACCCUUCAAUGAAGCAGGCAAUGUUAUUCCCCCAACCUGCUCAACCAGGAGAUGCUUUCCAUCAAGUUUUGAAUGGACUUGCACGUAAGUUGCCACAUGACAAGAGCGUGUACUUGAAGCCUGGUGAAAAGGUCUUGAAUUGGACUGCUGGCCCUGUAGGUGAUCUGAAACCUUGGUAGCAGUUGUAACAUCAAGUUCCUAAAACCUUGUAGCAUUCUGCUUAUUAGACCUACCUCUGAACAUUGUUGGGGUUUAUUGGUGUAAUUGAGCCACAGAUACAAAAAUGUAAAUCUUAAUUCUGCCAGAAUGCAUUAGAUAUAGUGUUCUUUUUUGCAGCUUUAGGGUUGUGACCGUGCCUUGUAUGUUUUCACAGUAUUCAGGACUGGUCAAUCUUCAAUUCAUUCAGUUAACUGCAUCAUUGAAAGAUGAUAAAGAUCUUUGUGUGGGUAAAAUUUAUGUCAUACUUUUCUAGGUGGUUCAUAA